UUUCUUUUAUACAGAUUUCAUACUAUAAAACAAUGACGGGAAUGUUUUUUUGUGCUGAGAAUUGAAUAAAGUCAUAGACGUGAAGUAGUUGCUCAAAUGUAAAAUAAAGUGCUAAGUGAAAGAAAACAGAAAAUACAAUACAGUGACAGUGUUAAAAUGCAUUAAAAAAUGUUGAACGGGACAACAGACCGGGGGACACUAUCCCUCCAAUCUUCUCCUGUUAAGGUAUCGCCCUCAGGGGUUAAAGGGACUUCAAGCCCAGUUAAAGCAUCGCCAAGUCCAGUAAGAGCAUCAUCAAGUCCAGUUAGGGCGCCUACUUCGCCUUUAAAGUCGUCUUUAUCACCUAGUGGAAGGCAAAGGUCGCCCAGAAAAUGUCAAUUCGCGGCACCAGCUGAAGAUUCGAGAGAUAAAUGUGGGACCUCCUGGUUGUGUCGGCGGGGGGCUGGAGUGGACGGUGGGGAUACAGCCGUGGAGUCGCCGGGGCCUAGCACACCGAUACCGCAGAGUUGUGAGGAGACUGCCCCACCGCCUAAAAAUUGCUUCAGGCUUGUUAUGUUGGGGUCAGCUCGCGUCGGCAAGACGUCACUCGUGGCCAGAUUCUUGGGCACCAAGUUUGAGGAUUGUUACACUCCUACAAUAGAAGACUUUCAUCGCAAGCUGUAUAGAAUACGAGGUGAAGUUUAUCAGCUGGACCUGCUUGAUACAUCUGGGAACCACCCGUUUCCUGCUAUGCGUCGGCUAUCGUUCUUAACAGGUGAUUUAUUCGUGCUGGUCUUCGCGAUGGACUGCCGCGAGUCUUUCGAAGAGGUCAUCCGGCUUCGCGAGCAGAUACUGGAGACAAAGGCUAGUGCGAGCAGCGGUAGUAGCCGAGGCCGUCGACAAGCUCCAAGAGUUCCAAUGGCGAUCGCUGGCAACAAAUGUGAUAAGGAUUUGAAAUCUGUACAAGCAGAAGAAGCAAGCGCAUACUGUGCAACUCAGGACUCUGCAUGCGUUUUCAUAGAGACAUCCGCUAAGAAAAACUUUCACGUAGAUGACUUAUUCUAUGAACUGUUCGUAGUUGCGAAUUUACCUUUAGAGAUGGCUCCCAAUCACCAUAAAAGGGUAAGCGCUGCAUUCGGCAGCCCGUGCACCCUCCCCCCUACCAGUAGCCAAAGUAGCAGAAGUAAGAAAUGUACUCUAUCUAUAAAGCGAAGACUAUCAGACGCAUGUGGCGUGGUAGCACCUAAUGUAAGAAGACCAAGUAUUCGAACUGAUUUGAUGAUUAUGAGAACCAAAACUUGUGCCAAAGGUGAAGGUGAUAACGUCGGAGGUAGUCCUAAGCUAAAUUUGAACAGACUUGUCAGAUCAAACGCACAAAAUGAUAAGCGAUCGUGUGUCAUACAGUAGAUAAGGAAAAGAUAACGCGUACAUUCAAAUACUAAUGUCUCUCUUAAGAAAGGUGCUACCGCUGGAAUAAAGUCUCUUGUGUAAGACAACUUUUGUGACCCCAUUUGUAGAAAUAGACGGAAUAUUCGAUAAAGUUAAUCGAACAAAUUUACAUAGUUCUCCGAGUUUUCUUCGAAGCAUUUACGCAAAUUACAAAAUAUUUAAUUAAGCAUAAAUGUCGAUGGAAUUAAAUGUUGUUACAGUACUAUUAAGGUGUUGUUACGAUAUUACAUUGUAAAGAUGUAAGUUUACGUUUAAUAAUUAUUUUUAUUAUUGCUUUGUUUGUAAAAUGAUGUUUAGUGUUGGAAGCUUCGAAUGUAAAAUGUAUAUUGCGUGAUUAUCAUGUGAUGCUGUGUUCUCGCUUUUAUUACGUUUUAUUUCCUUAUGCAGAUGGAAUCAACUUUUGCAAUUCGGAAUAGUUAUUGGAAGGGACCAAA